UAGAGCCUAUCCCAUCCAAAAAAAAAACGUGGAUCCUUGUUUGUUGAGACAUGCUUAUAACUACGAGAAUUCAGGGUUCAUGGUUUUCGUCUAAAAUCGAGAGCUCUCCCAAAUCGCUCAGUUGUCUUUAACUUCGAAGAAGAUUCAUGAAAGAGAAAAUUCCACAUCUCACUAUGUUUGCAUUUUGACCCCAUGACGGAACUGUGAACCCUACCUUUGUCCUUUAGGUUGACAUCAGAAAGUAGAUGGCGCGUAGCAUUUGCGAUCACGAGUUUUGAAUCUCCUGCGUAACUGAACUUGCUAGCUGUCGAUUGACAAGUCCUCUACGAAGCCACCGACUAGGGUAGCAUGGUGAAUGCCCUAAUCCGUUUGCUUACUCAAAGUUUAAGAGAGCUAACUAUUUUUUCCUCCUGGGUUGGAGAUGCCACAAUCUCCACCAAGGCCCAAUCACAAACAUCCACUUCCUUGAGUACCUUUUCUUUAAGGCCUCUAACGGUGGAGGCGGAAUAAACUCCGGCCACUUCGGCUACCGCCCGAAUUUCACUCCUUCCCUAUAUACGCAAGCUUCCUUCCACCUCGCCCUUUUACUCCCCGUCUCUCCCUGUGUCUCGUCUUCGUCUCGGCUCGUCGCCGCCCUAGGUCACAAGCAGCGCGAGCGAGGGCAAGAUGAUGGCAGAGGCGCUUCGGGAGGUGCUACCGCUGCCCUACUUCCCCGGGCAGCCGUGCUGGUACUUGCAGGAGCGGCGAGGUGCGGAGGCGUGGUCGGCAGAGGAGAACAAGGUGUUCGAGAGGGCCCUCGCACAGGUCGACCUGGACUCGCCGAACAGGUGGGAGAUGGUCGCCGCGAUGCUGCCCAGGAAGACGGUCAUAGACGUGAUGAACCACUACAGGGACCUCGAGAACGACGUCGGCUCCAUCGAGGCAGGGCUGGUGCCGUUCCCUCACUACAGCAGCAGCUUGUCCCCGGCGUCCUCCGGGUUCACCCUGCAGGACUGGGACGGCAGCGACGGCGGGUUCAGGCGCGGCUGCUACCUCAAACGCGGCCGCGCCCCGGACCAGGAGAGGAAGAAAGGCGUCCCGUGGACGGAGGAGGAGCACAAGUCGUUCUUGAUGGGGCUGAAGAAGUACGGGAGGGGAGACUGGAGGAACAUCUCGCGCUACUUCGUGACGAGCCGGACGCCGACGCAGGUGGCCAGCCACGCGCAGAAGUACUUCAUCCGCCUCAACUCCGGCGGCAAGGACAAGCGCCGGUCUAGCAUCCACGACAUCACCACGGUCAACCUGCCAGAAGAAGACACCAGCAACCCCUCCCCAUCGCCGCCGUCCGUGCUCACCACCGCCUCAGACCAGCUCGGCUCCCUCGUGGACACGAAACCCGUUCCCCCGCCACCGUCACUCGGCGCGCAACGGCACUUCAUGUCGCCGCUGCCGGGAGCGCUCGGCGUCAGCCACCACCCCUACGGCAACGUGAAGCUAGAGCCCAAUGCCUCGUUCUUGGCCGGCGGCGGUACGGGGCCUGGCCUCGACGACGCCAUCCUCCUGCAGAUGCAAUGCGGACACUUGUGACGGCGGUUCUCAGCGGCGGAGAACCGCACAAGGAGGAACACAGAGCACCGCCUCCGAUCAUAUCUACGGGAACGACGAGGCUCCGGCCAAGUCGCAGUCCCGUGUCAGUGUGUGAUUGGCUAGCCAGUUGGUUGCAGAGUUGCUUCAUGCGUCUCAGGAUCGCAAAGUACUGGACGGAAGGGGUAAGGGCAUCAGUCCAUCAUCAGAGAGUGGCACAGCGUUCAGCGUACUGCCACCAUCUCCCUGCAGCCGUGUCCAUGGAGAGCCACGAGACGCCAUCGGCGCGCAACUCCAGUGUACAUAGAAAAGUAUAGGGCCAGAGUACUGAAAUAAGCAUUUGAUGAAGCCUGUGUGUUGUUUUCCAGCCACUAACCGGUUACUGUUUUGAUCAGGAACACCAGGUCAGAUUAUAGCUAUAACGGUUUUCUGAUGUGCUGAUGUUGUUGUAAGGCAGUUGUAGUGUACUAGUGCCCCUGUUUGGUAGUACUGGGAGCAUAUGCUAUUCAA